AUGCUGUUCUCAUCCAUAGUUUUUAUCGUUCUCAUAAGCGAUCCUUUAUUUGCUGUUGAUUUGAAUAUUCAUAAAAGUGUGACUGAAAUUCGUCAAAUUCAAAGUGGUGUUGGUGUAUACCAAUGUUAUUUUAAAAAUGAUGAAUAUACAAAUAUAAUCGAUGGCUCAAUCAGUUGGGAUGGAACGGCAUUUAUUAAGCAAGAGUUAUAUAAUACAGUCGAUGCACUUCAAGACGCUUUAGUUAUUGUACGACCAUCAACUCCAUGUAAAUGUACAAUAAUAGAAGCAAAAAUUAUCGAUCCGAAUACAAUGUUGCUAUACAAUGUGGAAACAAAAGGUUACUUUUAUGCUGAUAGUGGGUCAAUUGAAUACAAAUCGACAAGACCCCGCCAAGGUGGUACAAUUUUAAGAUUUGAAUUUAAGAAAAAAGACACAAAUUAUACUGGCACAUUAUCAUAUUUAAUGAGAGGCAUAACCUGGCUACCAAAUUAUGACUUAUUUAUUAAAGAUGCAAAUACUUGCAAUCUUCGAGCUUAUGCCAAUAUACGUAAUAAUCAACAACAAGAAUAUCAAGUUGAUAACACUUAUUUAUACAGUGGUGAUAUUCAAUUAGCGAAUACUGAUUCUAUAGGCUUACCUCUUCAAGCAAUGCAAGCAGCAACUGCAAUAGAUAGAGUCAGCUCAUCAUCUAUUCAUCUUGAUGGUGAACAGAAAGGUUUUUAUUUUUAUUCAUUAAAAGAUAAAUAUACAUUACGUUCAAAAAGUUCUAUUCGUUUACCAUUUAUUAAUGUUAAUCCUAAAUGUAAAUUUUAUUAUAAAACAGCAGUAGGUAUUAGUAAUGGACAAUAUAAAGGUGUAUUUCAACGAAAUUAUGAUUUAAUAUCGGAUCAAUUUUUACCAGCUGGAAUUUUAACCAUUCGUGAUAAUCAGGUAUUAAUGGGUCAAUCAAAUUUACCUGAUGUUCCAGUAAAUUAUACACAAACGGUUGUUCUAGGUGAAGAUAAUGAUGUUCAAUAUUUAAUAAAAGCAAAUGUAACAGCAUCAAAUAAAGAUACAACAACAAUUACUUGGCAAACAUAUGAAAUUGAUGUAACAAUAUUUAAUUAUAAAGAUAAAGAUGUAAAUGGUCAACUUAAUUUCUAUGGAGCUAUUGAAACAAAUAUUAAUAAAACAACAUGUAAAUCAAUUACAGUUGAUGAGAAUCUGAUUCAUUUACCAUUUCGAGUUACAAAAAGCAAUAAUUUUCAAUGUCGAAUUAUUGUUACUCUAAAAUGGGGAUAA